UUCUUCUCUUGGCAGUUGCUUGGUGUAGCCUUCCUGGGAAUUGGGCUCUGGGCAUGGAAUGAAAAGGGUGUGCUGUCCAACAUAUCCUCCAUCACAGACCUGGGGGGGUUCGACCCUGUGUGGCUCUUCCUGGUGGUCGGGGGGGUGAUGUUCAUCCUGGGAUUUGCUGGCUGCAUAGGAGCUCUGAGGGAAAACACCUUCCUCCUGAAGUUUUUUUCUGUGUUCCUGGGGGUGAUUUUCUUCUUGGAGCUGACUGCAGGAGUUCUGGCCUUCGUCUUCAAAGACUGGAUCAAAGAUCAGCUCAACUUCUUCAUCAACAACAACAUCAGGGCCUACCGGGACGACAUUGACCUCCAGAACCUGAUCGACUUCACCCAGGAAUACUGGGAGUGCUGUGGUGCUUUUGGUGCUGAUGACUGGAACUUAAACAUUUACUUUAACUGCACUGAGACCAACCCCAGCCGAGAGAAGUGUGGAGUACCUUUCUCCUGCUGUACCAAGGAUCCUGCGGAGGAUGUCAUUAACACCCAGUGUGGCUAUGAUGUUAGAGCGAAAGAGGACUCAGAACAGAAGACUUUCAUCAAUGUCAAAGGCUGUGUACCUCAGUUUGAGAAGUGGCUACAGGACAACUUGACUGUUGUAGCGGGCAUCUUUAUUGGAAUUGCACUACUGCAGAUUUUCGGGAUUUGCUUGGCGCAGAAUCUAGUGAGUGACAUUGAAGCUGUGAGGGCCAGCUGUUUAUUCACCUGAGGCAGCAUUCCCUGAUUACUUAGGUCUCAUCAAGCAUGAUAGCGCUAUCAAGGGAAUAGAAAACGCCAAGAUCCGCAAGUUCCACAAGUGUAUAAAGAAGAGUUUCUGUACUAUUUGUUUUAUUAUGUGUAUAUAUUAAUACUUUUGUAGCAGUUGCAUACUUUUUUGACAAUUUAUGGCAGUGUCAAACACACUUUCUGUAACAAAUGUAAAAAACAAAUGUCUGUAAAUGCACUGCAUGCCUAAAACAAAUGGCAUUGGUUUCCCUUGUGUAUUCAAUGAUGUAAAAAAUCUUGUGUACAUUGAUAUUAGUAUUUGUAUCACUUUUAAAACACAUCUGGAUUAGAAGCUCAAAAACAAGUGUAAAACAUGCUGCCUUCUAAAAUACAGCAACUUACAAUUCCAAACUACGAAAGAGAAGAACCCUUUUGCUUUAGCAAAGCCAGUAUGUGUUCCUUAACAGGUAUGUCAUGAAACAUUUUUGUCUAAUUUUUCUCGUAUAUAGUGGUAUUGUACUACUCACUUGUUACAGUGGUUACAGACAUUUGGAGUCUGUCAGUUAAAAAAGAAUACAUCCUAAUAAAUUAAUUAUGGGAAUGGUGCAAAUAAUAAGGUUUUAGAACUAAGGAUGUUUCCUUUCCAAAAAUAAACUAACUGGGUGCAUGUUUGCAUAGUUCCCAUAUUUUCAGUUUUCUGAUCCAUAAUUUCACUCAGUUUUUUUUAGAACUGUGUGAUAAGACAUUACAUCACCCCAUUCUGGAAGAUUAUGUAGAAGUUUUGAUGAUGCAGAAUUCAUUCUCGUUAUUGCUGUAGUGCCAUAAACGCAAUUAAUAUAGGAAUCUGCAGCGUUUUAAUACGGAACCAGGAAAGAAGUGUCGAAGAUCCAUGUUUUCAGAUGAAAGUGCAUGAAGUAUUCUAACGAGCUGUGGUGAUCCGAUUCAUCUCAGACUUUUUUUUCCUUGUCCAAAGUACAAGUUUGUAUUAGAAAGAUGUCACAGCUGUUGUGGGAGACUAGAAUAUCAGUCAGCUCUGUCACAUUAUUUCAGGUAUUGAUGGUCAUUGAUUUUUUUUAAACAAAAACAAAUUUACAAAUAAACUUGGCUGCCCCAGCUUGAUUAUGUUCCUGGUCCCAUUUGGCAUAGAAUGAUAUUACAUUUUUAUCCCAUGCUGUAAAGUGUACUUCAUGGAUCUUGUUUUUGUCUAUUACCAAACAGGAAAGUGAGUGGUUGCAGUGUUGUAUUGGUUCACUGUUGUGGCAGAAUGACUGAGACUAGUCACAUACAGUACUCCAUCAGCUGCCUAUAAAUAAAUAUAGCUUUACAGUACAUGGCAUUGGACAUGCAAAAGUUACCAUGCCACAUACUGUAGAACUGGCCCAUGCUUACAGAUGUUCAGAGAGCUUAACGUCAGUCCAGCCCGAAGCAGGACUGAGUGCAGAAAAAUGAGUCACACAGUUAUGCGUGUGAAGAGUCCAGCCUUCUGGUCCAUGAGUCUGGCUCAUAAACCAUAUGACAUCUACAUUCACUGUUUAAAGAAUUCAUAAGAUAAGCAUUUUCAUCAGCGUAAAUAUUGUGUCUUCCUGUCUGAAGUUUUAACUGCACUCUCUCCACAUUGUUGUGCUACCUUGAUGAGCAACGGACAUCCGUCUUACAGCCAGGAAGAUCUUUUUCCAGUAACCGAUGUGAGUGUAAAGCCCUAGUAAACAGAAACCCCAAAACAUAAGGAAAUAAUAGAAAGGCAUGGUAUUUUAGACAGGAUAAUGUACAUGAGAUCUGAAUUUAAAAGAGAUUAUGAACAUUUCUGAACCGGACAGUUGGAACGUGCAUCGGUUCAGCCACCACUCUAAAUAAAUUACAGGACCUCAUGAUGGCAAUACUCUUUAGGAUUAGAUGAUCUCCUAGGUGUUCUCUCUAGAUUGUUUUAGGCAUUACAACAGUAUAACCUGGCUAAAUACACCAAAUGUCUUGAAGACACUCUUAUUUAUCUUGCUGUGACUGUGUGUGCAAAGUAGCACCUUCUAAGACCAGUCUUGUAACCUUUUACAUCUUAGCGAUUGAAUGAAGAGGAAAUUGUCCUCUCCAAGCCUAACUUUUUGGAGCAAUAAUAUUCAUGUUCCAUUACAUUUAUAAGCAACAGGAGUCUGGAACUGGAAGCAGAUAAACUUGUCAUGACAGAUAAUAUGGUGAUUUUUGACCGUAUGGUUGACAAGUUAACAUUCCUGAAAAGGAGACUUGUCUUAUGUUAAGAUUUAAGGUCCUAUAACACUAUCCUGGCUAAUAAUCAUUCUCUUUAUCCAUGUUUAACAUUGACCCAGAGUUACCUGCAAAGUCUGACGAAACUUUUAUGUAUAUAAUUAUGUUCCAAGUAUCAAAAAUGGAAUUGGAAUUUUGUAAUGGAAUCUCAUUUUUAAAUUUUCCCCAAGAUCUGUUUUGAAGCAGUAUUAUACAACAGGCUCCCAGUUCUAGUCCUGAAGGGUAACACACCUGUGGUUCUGAAUCAUUUGCUCUAAAUUACUUAAUUGGAGUUUUAAUUAAACUAAUAGAUUGCUUAAUUGAAAUCUAUGCAUUUUAAUUCCUUCUCAAAUAGUAGAGAUUUUACUUAAGAAAUACAAUAAACGGUAGCCUGUAAUGUGCUCAAGAAUUGAAGAGUCAAACAGUUCAGAUGAAUCAAUUAAGGGUUAAACCGUAUAACCAAGAUCCUGUCUAUAACAAAAACCAGCAGGUCUGUGGACCUCCAGGACCAUUUUUGGGGACCCCAAUUGUUGAAGGCUGAUGGGUUGGGAUUAGUGCAUCACACUGUAUGAAGUUACUAUUUACCCAUCCAUAAGAUGCAAAAAAAAGCACUGUCUUUUUCUAAACCUAAACAACAGUGAUCAUGUUCCUAUGUUCAAAAUAAGCUUACUGAAAAUAUGUUUUGUACAAAUGAGUACACCUCCCAUUUCAGCAAAAUAAACCCCACCUGUGUUUCUGAA